AUGCCUCCCAGCCCGACUACCAUUGAUACGGACUUUGACGUUGAUCUUGCCAGAAGAGCCACCUCCCUGUCCUCGCUGAGCUCCCUGGCCGACCCUUGCAAGAAUAGCAAAAGCAGCGCCUGCGAGAAACCUGUUUCCACUACUGGGCUUGAAAUCGGCUUGGGAAUUGGUAUCCCGGUCGCCGUGGUGUUUGCUGCGUUGGGGUUCCUUUUAUGGUGGAGGUAUAGGAAAAACAAGAAGGAGUCCUUGGAGCAUGACCCAGACUUUGAUGAGAAUGGCGAUGCUACGGCCCUUCCUGAUUUCCCUGCUUACGCCAAGGACGAUCCAUUCGAUAACCGUUUCUCGGUCCGUCCUCAUUCCAGACACAUGGACGUUGCGUCCCAGCAAAAGUCCAAUGCCGAGAUUGGCUCCAUUUCCACGCGUAAUGGAGGUGAUGAAAAUACCGUGGAUGGCUUUGUUUUGCCUUACCACCACCAAACAAGCUCUAAGGCCUCUUUGGAGGAGUUUGCAAGACACCUGGUUGAUAACCGCUUGUCGGUCAGAAGAGGCUCUCAUUUGCGUUAUAACUCUGUCACGCCUGGUGACAGUACCAACACUUCUCCUCAGAAGUCACACUUGAGAUUUGAACAUGGCGAUUUGGCUGAAAAGGAGACGCCAGUGGGUAAACUUACUAAAGAAGACUACCGCACGCUUCCCAACCAUUCCGUUGCUUCCCUUAAUGCCGAGGAGUACUUCAACACCAAGGAGGAAGUCAGUGACGAUACCAAUGAUACUUCCAAGCUGAGCACGAACGAUUUCACUGUGGAGUAUGAAAAUGAAGACACUUUGCCUAUUAAUCAACUGUUGUCUGCCAACACAUCUCCAAGAAAACGCGAGGUUGUAAACGAAACAACUGAUUCUGACGAUUUCGCCGAUGCCAGCGACUCUCGUGGACCUUUUCUCGAGAAAGAUCACCAUGAAGAGCCUGUUGAGACAAACAAUAUCAUAGAGAAUGACCAGGAAGAUUUUGAGGAGCCUAGAAAAUCAAAGGAGGCAUUUGAAGAAGAGUCUGACCACGACGACGAGGAAGAAGAAGAAGAAGAUGUUGCUCGUCAAGUUGCUCCAGCUAUCUUUGUUAAGUCCCCCUUCGAGGAGCAAAGUGAAUCCUUUGCUAAUGAGCCAUCCAGAGAUAUUGAUACCACAUAUGACGCGUCUAACGAGGAUACUACCGACCAUCGUUCGCUCACACCUACCCCAAACACAUCAAUGGAUCCCAAAACUCAAAUGACCAGGUCUCCUAGAUUAUCUGCAUUCGACCUCAUGAAGAACGUCAGUGACGACGAAGGUGAAGGUGAUAUCCAAGAACGUGAGGAGUUGGACCCGGAACAAGCUGAGGAAUUGGCAAGAAUGAAGUCUGUUUAUAAAGUCUACUUUGACCGUUCGAACUCAACGAAAACUAAUGCUACUGUUGGCGAAGACGGCUCUUUCCAGGCUGACUCCAGUCAGCCAUUGCCAAAGAUUGACAUUGACCAUUUGCAAAUCAACGAUCAGUUGAAGGGUGACACGCAAUACGACAAGCGUAAGACCACCACAUCUUCUAUCUACGAUGAAGCUCCAAUUUUUGCUGAAGACGGAACUCAAAUCUACCAGCAAUACAACAUGCCUCAUCAGCAAUACCUGCAGCAUCCAUACGCCCAGCUUCCAGCUCAACAAUACAUGGCUCCUCCACCACCUCCAGAGGAGCUACCCCCAUUGAAGUCCUUGCCUAGUGCAUCGGAAAUCCGUCGCUCAACGAUUGAGACAUUCACAGAUUAUCAGCCUAGAGGCAAGGGCAGAGCACAUCACAACGGUGAGACCAGCGCCGGUUCUUCUCCUUACUUAUCUCAGAGUGGAUCUUUUACCACGUUAAGAUCACCAACCUCUGAGAUGCCUCCAUCUAUUCGUGAAGAAAAUGGAAGCACGCCAUCUCCUCACCAAUUAUCAAGAACUUCUGUGGUGAUGUUGAACCCAGUCGAUGAGUUUAAGUCCCAAAGAAAGUUCAAGCCCGCAGGCUCUUUGCCUAAACAACCAUCUCAGCCGGCCUACUUGAAUGACAAUGGAUCACAGUCUAAUGACGACUUGAUUCCUGGAAACAGAAAGAGUGCCGUGAGAAGAAUGAUGAAUACCAACUUCUAA